AUGGGGUUCCUUUGGACCGGCAGUUGGAUUCUGGUGUUGGUGCUCCCCAGCAGCCCAGUUCAAGCUUUCCCCAAGCCAGGAGGCAGCCAAGACAAAUCUCUACAUAAUAGAGAAUUAAGUGCAGAAAGACCUUUGAAUGAACAGAUCGCAGAAGCAGAAGCAGACAAGAUUAAAAAAACAUACCUUCCAGAAAACAAGCCAGGUGAAAGCAAUUAUUCUUUUGUUGAUAACUUGAACCUGCUAAAGGCAAUAACAGAAAAGGAAAAAGUUGAGAAAGAAAGACAAUCCAUAAGAAGCUCUCCAUUUGAUAAUAAAUUGAAUGUGGAAGAUGUUGAUUCAACCAAGAAUCGAAAACUGAUUGAUGAUUAUGAUUCUACUAAGAGUGGAUUGGAUCAUAAAUUUCAAGAUGAUCCAGAUGGGCUUCAUCAACUAGAUGGAACUCCUUUAACUGCUGAAGACAUUGUUCAUAAAAUUGCUGCCAGGAUUUAUGAGGAAAAUGACAGAGGAGUGUUUGACAAGAUUGUUUCUAAACUGCUGAAUCUUGGCCUAAUCACAGAAAGCCAGGCACAUACACUGGAAGAUGAAGUAGCAGAGGUUUUACAAAAAUUAAUCUCAAAGGAAGCCAACAAUUAUGAGGAGGAGCCCAAUAAACCCACAAGUAAGGAUGAAAAUCAGGCUGGGAAAAUACCAGAGAAAGUGACUCCAGUGGCAGCAAUUCAAGAUGGUUUUACUAAUGGAGAAAAUGAUGAAACAGUAUCAAACACUUUAACCUUGACGAAUGGCUUGGAAAGGAGAACUAAAACCUACAGUGAAGACAACUUUGAGGAACUCCAAUACUUCCCAAACUUCUAUGCACUACUGAAAAGUAUUGAUUCAGAAAAAGAGGCAAAAGAGAAAGAAACACUGAUUACUAUCAUGAAAACAUUGAUUGACUUUGUGAAAAUGAUGGUAAAGUACGGCACAAUAUCUCCAGAAGAAGGUGUUUCCUACCUUGAAAACUUGGAUGAAACGAUUGCUCUUCAGACAAAGAACAAGCUAGAAAAAAAUGCUACUGACAAUAAAAGCAAGCUUGUCCCAGUACCAUCAGAGAAGAGUCAUGAGGAGACAGACAGCACCAAAGAAGAAGCUGCUAAGAUGGAAAAGGAAUAUGGAACCUUGAAGGACUCCACGAAAGAUGAUAACUCCAACCCAGCAGGAAAGGCAGAUGAACCAAAAGGGAAAACAGAAGCCUAUUUGGAAGCCAUCAGAAAAAAUAUUGAGUGGUUGAAGAAACAUGGCAAAAAAGGAAAUAAAGAAGAUUAUGACCUUUCAAAGAUGAGGGACUUCAUCAACCAACAAGCUGAUGCUUAUGUGAAGAAAGGCAUCCUUGAUAAAGAAGAAGCCGAUGCGAUCAAGCGUAUCUACAGCAGCCUGUAA